ACAAACCGCAACGGCACCACCUACGUAACACUGUUUGUAUCGAUACCUGGGAAGCGGAAAUCGAUUGUAAUUUACGUCUCUACCACUAGAGUGCAGUUAAAAUCUCUGUGUCUAAAUGGUGUUUCUGUUCUGCAGAUAGAAGUAAAAAUGGUCAAACCGAAAGGAGAAAAGAAAAACAAAUCAGCUAUCAAUGAAGUAGUCACACGUGAAUAUACUAUAAAUUUGCACAAAAGACUUCAUGGAGUCGGAUUCAAGAAACGUGCGCCCCGGGCCGUGAAAGAAAUUCGUAAAUUUGCAAUGAAACAGAUGGGUACUCCCGAUGUUCGAGUAGAUACCCGAUUGAACAAGCAAGUGUGGUCAAAGGGUAUCAGGAAUGUACCUUUCCGUGUUCGAGUUCGCCUGUCCCGGAGAAGGAAUGAUGAUGAAGAUUCACCAAACAAGUUGUAUACUUUGGUCACUUAUGUACCUGUAGCAACAUUUAAAGGAUUGCAGACAGAAAAUGUUGAUGCCAGCCAGGAAUGAGUGUUGUGACUGAUUUCUUGCAAUAAAACUUUGUCUCAUAA